GGGUGUGAGUUGGAAGCAGACCCACACACGUCAUCUCUAGCUGACACCUUUGCUAACAGGAAUGAGGAUCAUGUACAUGCAGGAUGACAUGGAAAACCUGAAGGACUCAUUCACCAUGCAGCUGACAGAUGGCUGCCACACAGUCCAGGGGACAGCGAAGAUCAUCGUCCUACCAGUCAAUGAUGAAAAACCCCGGCUGCUGAAGAAUGCAGGUGUAGAGGUGGACUGGAUGGACAGGAAGGUGAUCUCCAGUGUGGUGUGGAGGCGAAGACCUGGACACUCGUCCCAGUCAGAUCUACUAUAUCCUCAACGCUGGGCCCAGGUUUGGGAAACUGCAGCUCAAGAUGCAAAGCACGGCACCUUCUUCAAAUGACACUGAGAAUCAACUUAUUUAACAUGUUGUCCCCAGAUACACCCAGCUAGCACACAACGUUCUGAGAACCAUAUAUGUUUCUUAGAGCUUGGUGAGAGCGUGGUUGUCCUAUGGUUAUUUUGCAUACAACCUUCCCACAACUUUCCUCAUGGUUUUAAUUAAAGUCAUGUUCUCAAAUUGUUCAGAGAACUUUAAGAAACAACGUUCUUCUGUGGGAACAUUACACACAAGUUCCCAUGUGGUUCUAUUUAAUGUUAUAUUUUUACUACAUUCUGGCAACGUUCUCAAAAAUGUUGUGACUUAAGCAAUGUUGUCAGAACGUAUGGUUCUCUUAUGUCAGUUCUUGGCAAUAUUCGGGGAAUGUAAAAAAAAAAAGAAAAGAAAGAAGGAAUUCAGGGAACCAGAGUAAAACAAACCUAAAUAUGAAACGUUCCCAGAACAGGCAAAACUUUCUGUUUUACCGGUCAGGAAACAUAUGUCUUCGUUCUCACAACCAAUGUGAAGCCAAAAACAUAAGUUCCUACAAAAAAAGUUCCCACAACUUCCAAGGAACCAAAUGUGCUAGAUGGGUAUGUCACCCACCUGUGCUACUCCUGUCCACCUGUCAAAGCAACAUUUUAGUGUGUGUGUGUGUAUCUAUCUGCAGGUACUUUAGCAAUCACAACGCCAAUCAACAUACAGUAGUUAUUACUUGCAGUUACCAGCGAAAGAAAAGGUAAAUAAAGGAAUGCAUAU